CGGAUAUUGACAGAUGACGUACACAGACUCUAGUAUAUAACAGGCCGCUUGUGUGUACUACAGCAGUUCUACAGUGGAAGCAAAGAGAAAAGACAGUCUACGCGGGCAACUUGCAGAAUUUAUACUGCGUUCCUUCACAGCUAAAGCAUGCAGAUCUUCGUCAAGACCCUCACUGGCAAGACCAUCACCCUUGAGGUUGAGCCAAGUGACACCAUUGAAAAUGUGAAGGCAAAAAUCCAGGACAAGGAAGGCAUUCCCCCUGACCAGCAGAGGCUGAUCUUUGCUGGCAAGCAGCUGGAAGAUGGCCGCACCCUCUCCGACUACAACAUCCAGAAAGAAUCCACCCUCCAUCUUGUCCUGCGUCUGAGGGGAGGCAUGCAGAUCUUCGUCAAGACCCUCACUGGCAAGACCAUCACCCUUGAGGUUGAGCCAAGUGACACCAUUGAGAAUGUGAAGGCCAAGAUCCAGGAUAAAGAAGGUAUCCCCCCUGACCAGCAGAGGCUGAUCUUCGCUGGCAAGCAGCUGGAAGAUGGCCGCACCCUCUCCGACUACAACAUCCAGAAGGAGUCCACCCUCCAUCUUGUCCUGCGUCUGAGGGGAGGCAUGCAGAUCUUCGUCAAGACCCUCACUGGCAAGACCAUCACCCUGGAGGUUGAGCCAAGUGACACCAUUGAGAACGUGAAGGCCAAGAUCCAGGACAAGGAAGGUAUCCCCCCUGACCAGCAGAGGCUGAUCUUCGCUGGCAAGCAGCUGGAAGAUGGCCGCACCCUCUCCGACUACAACAUCCAGAAAGAAUCCACCCUCCAUCUUGUCCUGCGUCUGAGGGGGGGCAUGCAGAUCUUCGUCAAGACCCUCACUGGCAAGACCAUCACCCUUGAGGUUGAGCCAAGUGACACCAUUGAAAAUGUGAAGGCAAAAAUCCAGGACAAGGAAGGCAUUCCCCCUGACCAGCAGAGGCUGAUCUUCGCUGGCAAGCAGCUGGAAGAUGGCCGCACCCUCUCCGACUACAACAUCCAGAAAGAAUCCACCCUCCAUCUUGUCCUGCGUCUGAGGGGAGGCAUGCAGAUCUUCGUCAAGACCCUCACUGGCAAGACCAUCACCCUUGAGGUUGAGCCAAGUGACACCAUUGAGAACGUGAAGGCCAAGAUCCAGGAUAAAGAAGGUAUCCCCCCUGACCAGCAGAGGCUGAUCUUUGCUGGCAAGCAGCUGGAAGAUGGCCGCACCCUCUCCGACUACAACAUCCAGAAAGAAUCCACCCUCCAUCUUGUCCUGCGUCUGAGGGGAGGCAUGCAGAUCUUCGUCAAGACCCUCACUGGCAAGACCAUCACCCUUGAGGUUGAGCCAAGUGACACUAUUGAGAACGUGAAGGCAAAAAUCCAGGACAAGGAAGGCAUUCCCCCUGACCAGCAGAGGCUGAUCUUCGCUGGCAAGCAGCUGGAAGAUGGGCGCACCCUCUCCGACUACAACAUCCAGAAAGAAUCCACCCUCCAUCUUGUCCUGCGUCUGAGGGGAGGCAUGCAGAUCUUCGUCAAGACCCUCACUGGCAAGACCAUCACCCUUGAGGUUGAGCCAAGUGACACCAUUGAGAAUGUGAAGGCCAAGAUCCAGGAUAAAGAAGGUAUCCCCCCUGACCAGCAGAGGCUGAUCUUCGCUGGCAAGCAGCUGGAAGAUGGCCGCACCCUCUCCGACUACAACAUCCAGAAGGAGUCCACCCUCCAUCUUGUCCUGCGUCUGAGGGGAGGCAUGCAGAUCUUCGUCAAGACCCUCACUGGCAAGACCAUCACCCUGGAGGUUGAGCCAAGUGACACCAUUGAGAACGUGAAGGCCAAGAUCCAGGACAAGGAAGGUAUCCCCCCUGACCAGCAGAGGCUGAUCUUCGCUGGCAAGCAGCUAGAAGAUGGCCGCACCCUCUCCGACUACAACAUCCAGAAAGAAUCCACCCUCCAUCUUGUCCUGCGUCUGAGGGGGGGCAUGCAGAUCUUCGUCAAGACCCUCACUGGCAAGACCAUCACCCUUGAGGUUGAGCCAAGUGACACUAUUGAAAAUGUCAAGGCAAAAAUCCAGGACAAGGAAGGCAUUCCCCCUGACCAGCAGAGGCUGAUCUUCGCUGGCAAGCAGCUAGAAGAUGGCCGCACCCUCUCCGACUACAACAUCCAGAAGGAGUCCACCCUCCAUCUUGUCCUGCGUCUGAGGGGUGGCAUGCAGAUCUUUGUGAAGACCCUCACUGGCAAGACCAUCACCCUUGAGGUCGAGCCCAGCGAUACCAUCGAGAAUGUGAAGGCCAAGAUCCAGGAUAAAGAAGGUAUCCCCCCUGACCAGCAGAGGCUGAUCUUCGCUGGCAAGCAGCUGGAAGAUGGCCGCACCCUCUCCGAUUACAACAUCCAGAAGGAGUCCACUCUCCAUCUUGUCCUGCGUCUGAGGGGGGGCAUGCAGAUCUUCGUCAAGACCCUCACUGGCAAGACCAUCACCCUGGAGGUCGAGCCAAGUGACACCAUUGAGAACGUGAAGGCCAAGAUCCAGGACAAGGAAGGUAUCCCCCCUGACCAGCAGAGGCUGAUCUUCGCUGGCAAGCAGCUGGAAGAUGGCCGCACCCUCUCCGACUACAACAUCCAGAAAGAAUCCACCCUCCAUCUUGUCCUGCGUCUGAGGGGAGGCAUGCAGAUCUUCGUCAAGACCCUCACUGGCAAGACCAUCACCCUGGAGGUCGAGCCAAGUGACACCAUUGAGAACGUGAAGGCCAAGAUCCAGGACAAGGAAGGUAUCCCCCCUGACCAGCAGAGGCUGAUCUUCGCUGGCAAGCAGCUGGAAGAUGGCCGCACCCUCUCCGACUACAACAUCCAGAAAGAAUCCACCCUCCAUCUUGUCCUGCGUCUGAGGGGGGGCAUGCAGAUCUUCGUCAAGACCCUCACUGGCAAGACCAUCACCCUGGAGGUUGAGCCCAGCGAUACUAUCGAGAAUGUCAAGGCCAAGAUCCAGGACAAGGAAGGUAUCCCCCCUGACCAGCAGAGGCUGAUCUUCGCUGGAAAGCAGCUGGAAGAUGGCCGCACCCUCUCCGACUACAACAUCCAGAAGGAGUCCACCCUCCAUCUUGUCCUGCGUCUGAGAGGUGCGUUACAGCAGAAAGGUAUCAGUCACACAACCCGCCAUACAAAACAGAAAAUAAAGAUAUAA